CUUUCUGUAGUGAGUCCCAACUCCCACGACACCCACCGUACUCCUGUGGCUUUAGCAAUAUAGUAGACCAGGUCUUACGUUUAGGGGUCUUGUAAGGGCUAUACGCGUGGUGUAGGAUCAGUAUUUUUCUUCUGAAACAUUGCCAACCCCAACCAUCAUCAACUCCCCGCAACGGCAAACUACCCUUCACUUGCGUGGCCGUGGUGGCAUGACUUUCCAACCUCAAUCCUCAAUCCUCAAUGGGCGGUAAUUGCUUGAUUGGGCGGGUUGAGCUACCAUCGAUCUCUUACCUUUUGAAUGCCCAGUGAAGUUGAUCUCAGGUCAGGAGUUAUAGAUCUUGAUCAUCAUCUUAGUCCCAAUCUUAUCUCUGGUUUGAUUUGAAAGCAAUGGUGAAGGACACAGAAUAUUAUGACAUUCUGGGUGUGAGCAUUGAUGCAUCGCCAGCUGAGAUCAAGAAGGCUUACUACGCUAAGGCAAGGCUGGUGCACCCAGAUAAAAAUCCUGGAGAUCCCAAAGCUGCGCACAAUUUUCAGGUACUUGGGGAAGCCUAUCAAGUUCUAAGUGAUCCAGCAAAGCGUGAAGCAUAUGACAAGAAUGGAAAGGAAGGAGUGUCCCAGGAUUCUAUGGUUGACCCUUCUGCGGUAUUUGGGAUGCUUUUUGGAAGCGAAAUCUUUGAAGACUACAUUGGCCAACUUGCCUUGGCUUCUUUGUCAUCGGUUGAUUUUGAAGAAGAAUCUCAAACUCCAGAAGGGCGGCAGAAAGUUCAGGACAAGAUAAAGGAAAUGCAGAAAGAAAGGGAAGAAAAGCUCAUACAGAUCUUGAAACACCGUCUUCAACCAUACAUUGACAAUAGAAUGGAUGAGUUUGUAGACUGGGCAAAGUCAGAAGCCAGCCAUCUCUCACAAGCUGCUUUUGGUGAGGCUAUGCUGCACACCAUUGGUUAUAUCUAUACGAGGCAAGCUGCAAAAGAAUUGGGGAAGAACAUGAGAUACAUGGGUGUGCCAUUCUUGGCAGAGUGGGUCCGAGACAAAGGUCACCAUAUAAAAUCACAAGUCACAGCAGCUGCAGGUGCUGUGUCUUUAAUUCAGAUACAGGAAGAGUUAAGGAAGUUGGAACAAGGAGAGAACAAAGAAGAAAACCUGAUGAAGCAGAUUGAAGAAAAGAAAGAUGCCAUGAUUAAUUCUCUUUGGAAGAUAAAUGUUGUGGACAUUGAAUUAACCCUCUCACAUGUCUGCCACGCGGUUCUCAAAGAACCUAACGUUUCCAAGGAUGUGCUCAAGCAUCGAGCAAAUGCAUUAAAAAAGCUCGGAACCAUUUUCCAAGGCGCCAAAGCUAUUUACAGAAGAGACAACAGCCUGCGUCGCGAAGGUGACACAAAUUUUGAAGCUACAUCAUCACCAAAGGCAUCAUGAUAUCUAGUAUACGGGUGAACCUGUCUAAAUUUAUGUAGGGUAGUUUUUUUCUUAUAGUGGAUCCAUCCCAUACACGCCAGCAUCAUGUUCAUCCAUCUCUUAGUCUUCUUGAACAAUAAUGUUUUUUCAUUUGGUAUUUUGUUCUAAACUUUUGAUGUUAUUGGUUAUAGCAUUCUUCCGCACUCCUAUUAAUAAAAUUUCAGUUGCUCUCA